AUGCUCUCAACGGUGGCCUCCCUUCAGAUGAGUGCGACCGGAUUCGACGAAACUGAACGCAAAUUUUUAAGACGAUUAUUUCUGAAGCGAUUUGGAUUGGACGAUUUGGUGGAGGAGAGUAGUGUUCCCUUAAAACGAGAAGUAAGGCUAUUAAAAAUUAAUUUUGAAUCUUUUUUAACCAUUUUUCAUUUGAUCGAAUUUAACUUGCAAACUUUUUAUUUAAUUGCUUUAGAUGCCAGAUUAUAUUUGGGAAUUGUAUGAGAAGGCGCAGGAUGAAGAUCAAGACCUGGUCCGGCAUUUCUUUCCUUCCCAGAAAGUUGGAUCUGACAUCUACUUUGAUCUCGAUGUUCAACAUGCAAAGCUGGAAGAAGAACAACUAGAAAAGGCUUUCUUGAGGAUACAAUUGCCUCAGGGCACAGUUCUUAGAGGCAUUUUAAAAGUCUCCAAACUCGGAUCAACGAAACUUCUGGAUUCCAAGAUCCUGCCACAAUUCUUUUCCAGGAAUAAUUGGAUCGACCUUGAUGUGACCUCGGCUUUUCAGAGUACUGUACACAAGGUUUGAUCGCCUUUAUUGGUUAUUUACUGUCUUCAGAUCGGAUUCUCAGUCGAUUUUGUGGCUUCGAGUGAGGCCAAACCCUGGCCAAAGGCCGCCGAAUCAGCAGCGUUGGUCACUUUUGUCCAGGAAAAACAAAAUCUCCGGAAACGACGGAAACGAAACACAAAGAAUCAGAAGCGAAGCAAUCGGAAGCAUCGAAAACAUCACGUUCUGAGCUCCUAUGAUGGAACCCAAUGCCGGAGGUCAAAGCUCUAUGUUGACUUUGGGGAACUCAACUGGGACGACUGGAUUAUGGCUCCGGGUAAGUGUAAUGUAAUUAGAAAUGUAAAUUUUAAAGGGACUUCCUUUUUCCUUAUACUUGGUUAGCGUCCGCAGGGAAUCUUUGAUGCAUUAAGCAUAUAAUUUUGCACUCAGAACAUUUUAUUCGCUUUAUCUGAUACCAAUCAGUCAACUAGCAAUACUGUGCAGAUUUUUGGGUGCCCAGACUUGAAUUCUUUUCGUUCUAGCUGGCUAUGAUGCGUACCAAUGUCAAGGUAAAUGUACCCAUCCGAUGCCUUCCCAACUCAACACCACGAACCAUGCCAUCAUCCAGUCGUUGAUUCAUUCCAUCGAUCCCUCGGCCGUUCCUCCACCCAGCUGUGUCCCAGUGGAGACCUCUCCCAUCUCCAUUCUAUAUCGCGAUGUCAACAAUACUGUCGUUGUCAAGACAUACGCCGAUAUGAAGGUUGAAGCGUGCGGCUGCCAUUAG